AUGUACGCCGAGACUUACAAAAUCUUGCUUGCAAAAUCUUGCAAUAACUACUGCCUCCUAUCCCACGUGUUCCCUGCCCAGGAGUCGCCAAGAGUCCAGCUCGGACGAGAGGAUGACCUUCCACAAGACGGGACGGGACACGACCGUCGCCCGCGAGUGUUCACCGCCAACUGUGUAGUUAGAGCCAGGGUAACAGUUGGUGCUGGUGUUACUGACCCCAGUGUUACAGAUGGUGUUACUGACCCCAGUGUUACAGUUGGUGUUACUGACCCCAGUGUUACAGUUGGUGUUACUGACCCCAGUGUUACAGUUCGUGUUACUGACCCCAGUGUUACAGUUGGUGUUACUGACCCCAGUGUUAGAGAUGGUGUUACUGACCCCAGUGUUACAGUUGGUGUUACUGACCCCAGUGUUACAGUUGAUGUUACUGACCCCAGUGUUACAGAUUGUGUUACUGAUCCCAGUGUUACAGUUGGUGUUUCUGACCCCAGUGUUACAGUUGGUGCUGGUGUUACUGACCCCAGUGUUACAGUUGGUGUUACUGACCCCAGUGUUACAGUUGGUGUUACUGACCCCAGUGUUACAGUUGGUGUUACUGACCCCAGUGUUACAGAUGGUGCUGGUGUUACUGACCCCAGUGUUACAGUUGGUGUUACUGACCAAAGUGUUACAGAUGAUGGUGCUGGUGUUACUGACCCCAGUGUUACAGUUGGUGUUACUGACCUCAGUGUUACAGUUGGUGUUACUGACCCCAGUGUUACAGUUGGUGUUACUGACCCCAGUGUUACAGUUGGUGUUACUGACCCCAGUGUUACAGUUGGUGUUACUGACCCCAGUGUUACAGUUGGUGUUACUGACCCCAGUGUUACAGUUGGUGUUACUGACCCCAGUGUUACAGUUGGUGUUACUGACCCCAGUGUUACAGUUGGUGUUACUGACCCCAGUGUUACAGUUGGUGUUACUGACCCCAGUGUUACAGUUGGUGUUACUGACCCCAGUGUUACAGUUGGUGUUACUGACCCCAGUGUUACAGUUGGUGUUACUGACCCCAGUGUUACAGUUGGUGUUACUGACCCCAGUGUUACAGUUGGUGUUACUGACCCCAGUGUUACAGUUGGUGUUACUGACCCCAGUGUUACAGUUGGUGUUACUGACCCCAGUGUUACAGUUGGUGUUAGUGACCCCAGUGUUACAGUUGGUGUUACUGACCCCAGUGUUACAGUUGGUGUUAGUGACCCCAGUGUUACAGUUGGUGUUAGUGACCCCAGUGUUACAGUUGGUGUUACUGACCCCAGUGUUACAGUUGGUGUUACUGACCCCAGUGUUACAGUUGGUGUUACUGACCCCAGUGUUACAGUUGGUGUUACUGACCCCAGUGUUACAGUUGGUGUUACUGACCCCAGUGUUACAGUUGGUGUUACUGACCCCAGUGUUACAGUUGGUGUUACUGACCCCAGUGUUACAGUUGGUGUUACUGACCCCAGUGUUACAGUUGGUGUUACUGACCCCAGUGUUACAGUUGGUGUUACUGACCCCAGUGUUACAGUUGGUGUUACUGACCCAAGUGUUACAGUUGGUGUUACUGACCCCAGUGUUACAGUUGGUGUUACUGACCCCAGUGUUACAGUUGGUGUUAGUGACCCCAGUGUUACAGUUGGUGUUACUGACCCCAGUGUUACAGUUGGUGUUACUGACCCCAGUGUUACAGAUGGUGCUGGUGUUACUGACCCCAGUGUUACAGCUGGUGCUGGUGUUACUAGUUAUAGGGAUCAAGGUGCUACGUGGCGUCCUAACUACUCGUGA